GCGUCAACCCUUACGUCCUAAGUGGCUAGCCGGUGUGUUUGUAUUUGUUUCUCCGUGUGACCUUGCGCCCAUUCGUCGUGACAACGCUUGCAGCAGCCGGUGACAAUUUGAGUCCCCGAGCCCGACGCCGGAGGGCGAAAUGAACGCUCUGGACUCCCGAGCUGUCCGGAACUGCGAUCGCUUGUGGCAGCCCCAGCCGACGCUCCUGCCCCCAGGGUGACGCGCAAUCCCGAGCUGCAGACAAAGAUGGCCCCAGGCCAAGUGCCCCACCAGCCUGCCCCCUGGAGGGCUACCCACUCCUUUCUCCUGUCCCCGCUGAUGGGCCUUCUCAGCCGGGCCUGGAGCCACCUGAGGGGCCCAGGCCCUCCAGAGCCCUGGCUAGUGGAGGCAGUAACCAGGGCAGACGCGGGAGAACCUGGCCUGGAGGGAGACACAAAGGCUUCUCUGGCCACCCAGCCACAAGAAGAGCCUGGAGAGAGGAGAGCAACUGAGGAGGAUGAAGAAGCAUCCUGGGGGAGCUACCCUGACCUGGAAGCCAAGUGUUUGCUUUUGGAAACCUGGGGACUUUCAGAUGAUGAGCGUGGUGGGGAAGCAGCAACCCGCGUCCCUAGAGAGCCCGGAAGUGAAUUUAUGGAUGGCCUUCCUGCUCCCCUGUCCCCCAGCCUUCUGAUGAGAGCCCAGCAGGACGUUCCUGGGGAGGAAGAAUCUCAGGAAGAAGCAGUUACUGAAGAUAAAGACAUAAUCACCUUCGCUUUUCCUCUGUCACACUGGGAGGGUUGUCCAGGUGUGGCAGUGGAGGAGGAGGAGGAGGCUGGAGAAGCUGUAAAUAAAGAAGCUCCUAGAACAUCUACCUCCCCCUCAGCUCCAGGACCCCAGCCCCGCUCCUGGGUGUGCUGCGCAGUGGAAGGAGCCACAGAGGAAGAAAGAACAGAGAACAAAGCAGCCACGAAGCCCUCCACCUGCCCCUCAUCCCUCGGUUCCCACCCCGGGGCCUGGGAGUGUUGUUCAGGGGAGGAGCCUGAGGAGGAGGAGGACAGAAAGGUGGAGAAACGAGAGGCUGGCCCAGAGCCCCACUCCGCAAUUCUAGCCCAGAGCCCCCUGCUCGGGACCCGGCAGCAUCAGUCCAGGGAGAUCUCAGAGGAGGAAGAUGAAGAGAAGGAUGAGGACAGGGAUCUGGGGGCAGCCGAGGGCCCUUCUUCCAACCUACUCACAAAUGCCUUCCUGAGGGCCUGGGUGUACAGACCCGGAGAGGACACGGAGGAGGAGGAAGACGGGGACAGUGACGAGGGAGCAGCUGAGGAGGAAGGAGAAGCUGAGGAGGAAAGAGAAGCUGAGGGUCCCUCUUCCAGCCCGCACCCAAGUGCCUUCUUCAGAGCCUGGGUGUAUCGACCCGGUGAGGACACAGAGGAGGAGGAGGAGGACAGGGAUAGUGAUGCAGGAGCAGCUGAGGAGGAAGGAGAAGCUGGUCCUCCUUCCGUCCCACCCACAAGUGCCUUCCUGAGGGCCUGGGUGUAUCGACCCGGAGAGGACACGGAGGAGGAGGACGACGAUGAGGAGGAAGAGGAUGGGGAAUCAGAAGCAGCUGUCUGGGGACCAAGUCCAUCCCUUCAGGCCCAGCGUGCCCUCCGCAGGGACCAGAUGUAUCAGCCUGGGAAGGGAACAGAGGGCGGGGAAGCUGCGGAAGAGCGGGAAGAAGCUGAGCCCUGUCCCUUCCGAGUGGCCAUCUAUUUACCUGGAGAGAAGACACCACCCCCCUGGGCUCCUUCCCGGCUGCCCCUCCGCUUGCAACGGAGGCUCAAACCCGCAGAAACCCCCACCAGCCCUGCCAGGCAUCAGGACCCAGAGCCUCCCCGAAAGACCAGAAAGGUGCGCUUCUCUGAGAAGGUCUCCGUCCAUCUCCUGGCGGUCUGGGCUGGACCCGCCCAGGCUGCCCGCAGAGGCCCCUGGGAGCAGUUCGCCCGGGAUCGGAGCCGCUUCGCCCGACGCAUUGCCCAGGCCGAAGAGGUCCUGGGCCCCUACCUCACCCCUGCUGCCCGGGCUCGGGCCUGGGCACGCCUCGGGAAUCCCUCCACUUCUCUGGCCACCCUAGCUGCCCCUACCCAGACCUUACCAAUGUCCCCCAUCCUGGCCACGCCCUUGAGCCAUGAUGUGGCCUCCGCCCCCCAUCCCUGGGUGUCUCCUGGCCUGGACCUCAGUGGGAGGCGUGGCUGAGUUGAAGUAGUUUCCCUGUUAUUAACUAUUUAUUUGGUUUUUUUUUUUUAAACUAUUUUCGUGUGUGAAUUGAUGUAAGGAAUAAAGCUUUUUGUAGUGAGUGCU